AUGGAGGCUUUACCCGCGGCUCUGCUGCGCAUCGCAUUUUGCGGGCUGCCACCGAAUGACCCCGGCCGAGAAGACACGCUGCAAGUCUCAUCUUACAUCAGUGUUUUGACGUGUUUCGUAGCUGGAAGACACACUUGUUACUGUGGUGGCAUCUUGCUUGCUGACAUUAGCCAGAUGCGUGAAAUAUUUAUGUCCACAAUCAUACGUGGUUUUGAAUUCGUUGGCUAUGCAUUAGUGAUUUCCUUGAGAGAAAUAUCUCCUGAGCUGACUGCACCGUAUGUCGAUAUCCAGUAUUUCGCAGUUACUGGACCAGUGAUCAUUGCUGGUGAUGCCGCUCAGAGCGAGCGAGCGGUCGCUUUCGAAUUUAUUACGGCAAUUGGCAGUACCGGAAGUCUGUUUGGUGGCCUUUUUAUUGUGGUGACCAUGCUCCUGCCUAUAUCCAUGGGCAUUUCAUUAUGUUGGGACUGGUCGAAACACAUUUCGUAUCAUCUUUAA